CCCUCGCCUCUCCCGUCUCCACACUCACUGCACUUACCAGACCCUCCACCCGCAGGAAAUUCUCCCGGAAAUUCUCCAACACCGAAGCCCAAAAAAAGUGUGCACCUCCUCCUCCGUUCUACAACUCACUCUCAUCUUUCUCAAUCCUUCUCCCAUCUCCAUCCUCCCUCCCUUCCCCUCCACCCACUACAUCUCACUUGAUCCCCUCUCUCAAUAUGAGCGACGAAGUCUUUGAUGGUGCCAUUGGCAUCGAUCUUGGCACCACCUACUCUUGUGUGGCCAAUUACGAUGGCAACAAUGUUGAGAUCAUCGCCAACGAGCAGGGAAGCUUCACCACUCCCUCUUUCGUCUCAUUUACCCCGGAAGAGCGAUUGAUCGGUGAGGCGGCCAAGAAUCAGGCUGCCAUGAACCCCGAGAACACCGUCUUCGAUGUCAAGCGUUUGAUCGGACGUCGUUUCGAGGACGAGACCGUCAAGAAGGACAUCGAGUCGUGGCCGUUCAAGGUUAUCGACCAGGGUGGCAACCCCAUGGUGCAGGUCGAGUAUCUUGGAGAGUCCAAGAUUUUCUCUCCCCAGGAGAUCUCCGCCAUGGUUUUGGUCAAGAUGAAGGAAGUUGCCGAGACCAAGCUUGGCAAGAAGGUCGAGAAGGCCGUCGUCACCGUCCCGGCCUACUUCAACGACAACCAGAGACAGGCAACCAAGGAUGCCGGGUCCAUCGCUGGUCUCAACGUCCUCCGUAUCAUCAACGAGCCCACCGCUGCCGCUAUCGCCUACGGUCUCGGCUCCGGCAAGUCCGAGAAGGAGCGUAACGUCAUGAUCUACGAUCUUGGUGGUGGUACGUUCGAUGUCUCUCUGCUCCACAUCCAAGGUGGCGUCUUCACCGUCAAGGCGACCGCCGGAGAUACCCAUUUGGGUGGUCAAGAUUUCGAUACCAACCUCCUUGACCAUUUCAAGAAGGAGUUCCAACGUAAGACCAAGAAGGAUAUCUCCGGUGACGCUCGCGCUCUGCGACGUUUGAGAACCGCCUGUGAGCGCGCGAAGCGGACCCUGUCCAACGGCACGCAAACCACCGUGGAGAUUGACUCGCUGUUCGACGGCGAGGACUUCAACGCCACCAUCACCCGUGCCCGUUUCGAGGAGCUGAACGCCAAGGCGUUCAACGGCACUCUGCUGCCUGUCGAGCAGGUCAUUAAGGACUCCGGCAUCGAAAAGAACAAGGUCGAUGAGAUCGUCCUCGUCGGUGGCUCCACCCGUAUUCCCCGGAUACAGAAGCUGCUCAGCGAUUUCUUCAACGGAAAGAAGCUCGAGAAGAGCAUCAACCCCGACGAGGCCGUCGCGUACGGUGCCGCCGUCCAGGCCGGUAUCCUCUCCGGAAAGGCUCAAUCGGCCGAUACCGCGGAUCUUCUUCUUCUCGACGUGGUGCCGCUGUCCCUCGGUGUCGCCAUGGAGGGCAACAUCUUCGCCCCCGUGGUCGCCCGUGGCCAGACCGUCCCGACCAUCAAGAAGCGCACCUUCACCACCGUCGCCGACAGCCAGACCACCGUCCAGUUCCCCGUGUUCCAAGGUGAGCGCGUCAACUGCGAGGACAACACCUCGUUGGGCGAGUUCACGCUGGCCCCGAUCCCGCCGAUGCGCGCGGGCGAGGCGCAGCUCGAGGUCGUCUUCGAAGUCGACGUCAACGGUAUCCUCAAGGUCACCGCCACCGAGAAGACCUCGGGCCGAAGUGCCAACAUCACCAUUUCCAACUCCGUCGGCAAAUUGUCAUCCGCGGAGAUUGAGAGCAUGGUCAACGACGCCGCCAAGUUCAAGACCAAGGACGAGGAGUUCAGCAAGAAGUUCGAGUCCAAGCAGCAGCUGGAGUCGUACAUCGGCCGUGUCGAGGAGAUGAUCUCCGACCCGGGCAUGUCCCUCAAGCUGAAGCGCGGCCAGAAGGAAAAGAUCGAGUCCUCGUUGAGCGAGGCCAUGGCCCAGCUGGAGAUCGAGGAUGCCAGCGGCGAGGAGCUGCGACGGAAGGAGCUGGCCUUGAAGCGCGUUGUCACCAAGGCUUUCGCCACUCGUUAAGGUUUUCAUGGGAUGUUGGUUGGUGGUUGCGAGGUGUGAGCACCGUUGUGUUCCGGGUGGUUUCUGGGUUGUCGUUCGGUCCCCAUGGGGGCGGAAACGCCAUGCAUGUGGGACGGUCCCUGUAGGAUUGACGUGGUGGGGACUUUUCUCCAAAAUCCUCUCCUUUGCCAAAAAUUGAUUGUUCGCACGGUUUCCUUGUCGUGACGAAGAGUCGACCGUUUCAGCAUUCAAAUUCCUGGGAAUUCGGGGGUCUGUCUUAGACGCGGUAAUAUGAUUCAAAAGCAAAUUGAAUGAUACUUCUUUACUUC